GUAGUAGCAUGUACGGCGUUUCAACUCGCGGGGAAAUGUCCGAGAGCACGAGCUCGCGGUCCUCAGUCGCGUGUGACACGCGGCGGUAAUCGGUGCGCGCCGAUGCUGCGAGCUGGAUCUCGUGCUCCAGAUCCUUUCGAUCCCCGAUCGACACGAGACCUCUGUGAAACCUUCUGUGAAUUCAAUUGAAAAAGAAACAUUUGUGGCUCAUCGCAAGUGGAAGUUCGAGUGCUGUGAUUUGUUCCUAUCUUUUGCUGGAAUUUUGCGUCCUAAACAUCAUGAAGUAGCUUGUAAAAUGAAUCAGGAUAUAGAGACGCUCGGUCGUCGUGUUCGAGGAGUGUUAUAGUCAGAAAGUCGAGUGAUCCACAGGUUCUUUUUAGAAUCUUUUCCCUGGUUGGAGAAGUUUGAUCGCACAGAGAUUGGAACCCCGUAGUUGGGAGCAGUUUGGAAGUGUUGCCAUUAGGCCAAUGGUUCUUAACCUUUUGAAGCUCGCAACACGAGUCUUAUUAUAGAUCUUUGUAAGGUGAGUGUCUCAAUCAUCGACGCAGUUUUUGACACUCAUUACUCUCGAUAUAAAAUCGAAUAAUAAAAAAUUGAUCACUUUUAAUUCAGAAGGUAUAGUCUAUAAAAAACAAAAAUAGAAAACAUACUUCUAUGAAACCGUUGAUGAUCCUAUCUAAACUGCGGAUUUUCUGCAUUUAUAAUACGAGAACACGUGAGAAAUAUGAACUAAACCUAACCAGAAGCUAUAUACACAUUGUGCAAGACGAAAUAUAAAUAUUACUAAAUUAAUUAAUAGAAUACGUCCUACAUACAUCGUGUAUAAUUAGUGCAUAUUCUCCACAUUAGUAUACCCGCCACGAAUGCAUGAAAUCCACAGUCCAAUCAUAUCAAUGAAAUAAAUUGAACCUGUCGACGAAAUCAAACACGCCUGCCUGUAAAUUCUCCGAACCGCGAACAAGGAAGAUAACAAACAUUGACGAUACAGUGUAGCCGUUCUUAAUUGGUUAAGAAUCAUUGGAUUAGAUUGUGAUGGGGAUCGAUCAGGGAGCAUAGAAGCGAUCCAGCGGGGGCGUAGCGUGUGCGGGAAUUAUGAAUUCCCGUGAUAUUGUAAAUCCCGCGUCGCGUUGAAUAUUUCAUACGAGGUUGAAGUUGGGUGGCUGCAAGCUGUUGGCUCGGAAAACGAUACCUCGCUCGAAGGAUUUAUACGAUGCGCGUCGACACAGCGAAGAGCAUCCUACGUCGCGACGCGUGUUCGACGGGAAUCACGCGGGGACCGAACACUGCCACGGGACGAGACAUGUCUCAAAACAGGAGGGAAAUUGCAAUCGAGUGAAAUCAGUAUACGUUGAAGCAUUUAGAUUGCUAACUUGUCAGGAAAUACUUUCGCAAAAGCAUCGAUGGUAAUUCUCAUCCAUGUAAAACCAUCCUAAAGACUCUUUAGUAAAGAGUCGUCAAGGAACAGGUGUUCUAACGAAUCAGAAGUUGUCGAAAAAUCUGUUCGAGGAGGACCUCCACGACCCAGAAACCAAGCUCAAAAUACAAUCUUCGAUAAUAAUUAACCCUCUGCAUUCCAAGCAAUUUGACUAUAUGCAGUGACACUGGCCGUAGGAGUAUAACGGCUUCAAGUGUUUGGGCAGUACAAGUGGCCUUAGGAAUGCAAAGGAUCAACAAUCACGCAAAAUUAACUCCGAAAGCUUCCAUUCCACCUGCCCAAAAUCUCGAAAGAUCGUUCCACGGCCAACGACCCGACGUGAUCUUUGAUCUAGUCAAGAUCGCUUCGCUCACCAGAGGACAAUAAUAUUCGUUAUCCAGGCUGAAAGCCUCCCAGAGAGUCGUCAUUCCGCGGGAUCAAAACCUGGCUGCUCUUCCGUCUCUAGACACUCGAGGACGACCGAGCGUAACCGCGUGCCGGAAGUUCCGCCCGUGGCGCGACGCGGCUUUCGCCUCGCGAUGAAAACGGAUCCUCUGAAUCGCGACACGCUCGAGGGAUCCGCGAUCAUCGUCGAAACUAUCCGUGGAGGCUCUCGGAAAUUCGCGGAGCUCCUUCGCCAAUUAAACCGGGAGUAAGGCGAGCCAACCACGAGCCGCUGAUUGGGAGGACAGUGUCGAGGAUGACGCCAUUGAUCUUCCGGCGAUAGCGCGAAAAGUCAGGGGAACUAUCUGCGCUGCUUCCUGGGGUUUUCUUGGUCCACGAAGGAAAGAUGAGGGACAAACUUGCAUUCAACUCGGGGGUGCCGGACAUGCACGAAACCCUGUCUAGUUUUCCGGAACAGUUCGGGGACGGACCGAGGAAACCGGAAAUAAAGACGGAAGUGCCAAAGGAAUCUGACAGGACGACGGAUAACCUGAAGUGCGGCUGGUUUUGGUUCAGGCCCAUGUACCUUCAACGAUUUCGAACGGCGAAGUGGGCACUCUUCUGGCUAUGCUGGACAGGUGCAAUUCAAGGAAUGGUAGUGAACGGUUUCGUAAACGUCGUUAUCACCACGAUAGAGAGGAGAUUCGGUUUGAGGUCGUCGCAGACCGGUCUAAUAGCGGGUGGAUACGACAUAGCCAGUUUCCUUCUACUUGUUCCAGUGAGCUACCUCGGUGGACGCUCAAAAGCAUCGAAACCAAGGUACAUAGGUAUAGGAGUUCUAGUCUUAGGUAUAGGAAGCCUGCUGUUCGCGUCCCCGCAUUACAUUGCUGGACCUUAUAGAGGCGGUCAACAGUCGGAGAACAUAUGCCAGAGGGUGACGAACGCGUCGACUCGAUCCCUCGCCUGCAACGGGUCCGCCGGGCAAGGAGACCAGGAGCCUUACAGUGGGUUGUACUUAACUAUCUUUCUCGUGGCUCAACUCCUGCACGGCGCGGGAUCCGCUCCUUUUUACACGCUGGGAGUUACGUACCUCGACGAGAACGUGUCGAAAAAGAUGUCGUCCGUGUACGUAGGAAUUUUUUACACGAUGGCCAUCAUAGGUCCAGCGCUGGGCUACGUAGUGGGAGGUGAAUUGUUGAAGCUCUACACGGAUUUCAUCACUGUGGACGCGUCAGAGAUUGGUUUGACACCAGACAGCAACGUUUGGGUGGGAGCAUGGUGGAUAGGAUUCCUAGCAGCCGCAGUGAUGAGUUUCAUAAUCGCCAUACCGAUCCUGGCGUUCCCAGCAGCGUUGCCUGGUUCCGAGGAGCUGGCCAAGGAGAGGGUGUCGGAGGCCCACGAGAAACCGAAGCAAUCUGCCUCGAGCGAGACGGGGGAGGCAUUUUCGAAAAUACGCGAGUUACCGCGUGCCCUAAGCGAUCUACUCGCUAACCCAGGCUUUUUCAUGUUGAAUUUGGCAGGUGCCAGUGAAGGAUUGCUUAUCGCUGGAUUCGCGGCGUUCCUGCCGAAGCUGAUCGAAAAUCAAUUCAACGUCAGCGCUAGCUCGGCCGCGUUACUAAUGGGUCUGGUAACGGUUCCCGCUGGCGGCGGUGGUACGUUUCUCGGCGGUUAUCUCAUAAAACGAUUCAAUUUGCCUUGCUCCGGCAUUUUGAAGUUUUGCCUUUUGGCCACCGCCUCCUGCAUCGCCUUCACUUUGUGCUUCGUUCUGAACUGUCCGAAUUUGAACUUCGCUGGUGUCACGGUGCCCUAUUCGGAUCAAACUAAAAAAUCUUUCUCGUUGGACGACGCGUGCAACAAUGGCUGCGGGUGCUCGAGAUCGGAGUUUAAUCCAAUAUGCGGAGUCGAUGGAAUCACGUACUAUUCUCCCUGUCACGCUGGAUGUUAUCAAGAAAUGCAAAUAAACGAUGUCGAAGUAUACUCUGAGUGCACCUGCAUACGAGCGCCGCCUAUGAAUAUGACUUCGGGAGACAACAUAAUCAGCUACGAGGCCAUCAACACGACCUGCAGCACAGCUUGCUCCUAUUUGUGGCUGUUCAUCGCCCUAGCUUUCUGCAACAUGUUCAUAACGUUCCUUUGCACUAUGCCUGCGUUGUCCGCAACGCUUCGUGUGGUUCGGGACGACCAGAGAUCGUUCGCUUUGGGCAUACAGUGGAUCAAAGUGAGGAUCCUAGGCACCAUACCUGCGCCAAUGGUGUUUGGCGCUCUUAUAGACGACACCUGCAUUUUAUGGAACGAGACCUGCGAAGGCAGGGGCGCUUGUCUGGUUUACGACAAUUUAUACAUGAGCAGGUACAUGCUCGCGCUGGCUUUCAUCGGCAAGGCAGCUUCCCUCCUCUUCUUCUUCCUGGCGUGGUGGACGUACAUUCCCCCAGGUGGCAAGGGAGCCGAUCAGAAUUUACGAGAAGAACCCACGACGACGUUAGUGCUGAACGACACAUCCCACGAAACGCCAAUUACACCUGCAACGAUAAAUCCCAUAAUCGAACCAUAAACGAUACCACAUUCCGUUUGUUUCACUGUGAAAACAUUUCAAAUGAACUUGAUCCGCUGAGAACUUUUGAAUAACGCGCGCGAAUAGUGCGAGUACAUUAAAUCGAUCGCUCAAGGUCAUCUAUCCCGAACUACCGCGUGGCUACUCUCGACAUGGAAUCCUGUUAGGCGUAACUCUAUCUGAAAGAUUUCGUUCCAGAUAUGCAUAACGAAACGGUUUACUAAAUGUUUAAAUGAAGAUAAAAUUACAAGGGGCAAGGUGUAAAAACACUUUGAUGAUUGUGUCUGCUAGUCAGUUAAGGUGAAAUCUGAUAUCGACAACGACGAGAGCUUUUACGAAAGCAUAGAAUAAAGGAUUGCGAAUGGGUGUCGACUCUUGGUAGACACUUGUUUUUUUUACUGAGAGGUUAUCCAAGAUAUUUUUAGUGCAUAGUUGAAUGUAUUUAAUAUCUGUCUAUAUUACGUAGUUUAGUUAGGAGGAAGUACGAUGUAGAGCAAAUAGCCGGGUAUUUAUUUAAUAUUUUUAUCUCCUAGGGCAAAUUGUUUAUAAUCAUGGGGAAAAUGGUAUUUUAUUCGUAAGACGAUAAUUUGUAAACGGUAUACUUAAUUCUCGAUUGCCGAAGCAUAAAUGAAAACAGACUUUGCACAGUCAUGGGAGGAGGAUGCACGAAUACUCGACAAAGCGCGAGGGAGCCUUUAUUAGUAUCAAAAAUUAUUUAAAAAUUGUACAGUUACCUUUAUAUGAUUCGCGUUAAGUAAGGUACUCUGUGUAAGAGCCACUCACUGCCAGAACCGUUGUAAAGAACGAGAUAAUGUUUUUUAAUACCGUAUGGAGAAUCGAAGAAAAAAUAUAUUCUUGUUUUUCACGAGAAAAUUACAGGAACCAACUACGAAACAUAAUGGGCAAGUGCACUUGUAGUCCCUUUUGACGUUCGUUAUAAGCUACUAUCAUAUUUCUCAUAGUUGAUUCGUUAGAUUUUGAUAUCGUUAGAAAACACUAAUUAAGCAUAUAAGCUUAAUAUAUCACAACGCUCGCCGUAAUAUUGUGUAGAAAUUAAUAGUUGCUGUUGAAAAUGGAUCAAAGGAAAAACUACCAGAUUUACCUGUAAUUGUAAAAUCAUAUCGCCCUCUAUAUCCAAACUGAAUGUGAUUUCAACAGAUAUAACAGUGUUUUAUAAUCCUGGUAUUUACCCAUGGUCAAUUAAUCUCAAAGAAGUGUAUUUAUCGUGGAUAAUAAUAGUCGACGUUUAGGAUAAAGACAAUUUUCCUCAAUUUUGAUAUUCUUUGUAUUUAUACAAUAUAAUUGAUUUGUAUAUGAGAAGUAAUUUAUUAACCUAUGGUAAUAAAGCUUCCAUAAGGCUUUUCUAGCAAGUCCUGGCUUAGUUUUCCCCAAGUGAAUUAAAAAAUUCAUAUCAAGUAUCAACAUGAAAAAAUAGUGUUUUAUUACUGAAGAAAUUACUUUUCAUAUAAAAACCUUUAUAUAAGUGCAAAUAAAUUAAAAUUUGCAUCAAUACUAUAUCAUGGUUACCAUGACCAGAUAAAUUAUUGCUUCGCAGUGACAUCUGUAGAAGAGUUCUUCUUUUACGAGGUCGAUGUGACGCAUGUGCAUUGUCGUUGUUUUUGUAAAGAAAUUAGUGUUUCGAGAUGAUCGAACAACCUCUAUCGUAAACUAAUAUUUCUAAUAGAUACAGUAAUUGCAAGAAUGUGUAACACGAGUAAUUGUAUCAUCUUUAACGUAUGUAUAUCUCAUUCACGGAUGCAAGGAAUAUUCGACCGAGCGGUUUUAUACUACACGAAGUUUUCAUAUUUGACAAAAUAUUUCAUUUAUCUUAUUUAUAAAAGGAAAGAUAAAGUUGAAGAUAUUCGAUCGCGUUGGAAUUAUCAAUUCAAAGAUUUUUAGAAAGUAACGUUCGUAUGACACCACAUAUAACAAGAAUGAAUCUUUCAAAAUCACUUUUCUAAUACAAGAAAGCAUGUAAAAACACUGAUUGGUCGUAAAAUUUCUUAUCGGAGAUUUUUCAUAAUCGUAGCGAACUUUGAAAGCAGAACGCUUGUUGUAGCCAUUUGUGUAAAUGUACAAAUACAUGAGCGUAUCAUGAAGUGUCGUUUACAUGGAUUUGAUAUGAUGCAUUUUGUGCGAUUUCUAAUUGUAAUUAUUUUUGUUAUGGAAGAAUAAUAUGUCUAACACGUUUAUUACGCGUGUCGCCAAUAAAGACAGUACGAUACGUUA